UCGAGCUUGUGGCCAUCGUUGAGGUCGUUUCCCGAGGUCACCGAUUGCGUCUCCGGUGUCUCGGACGGGAACCGUCGCUGCUGAUGCUGCCACCGCCAAAUUCAACGUGGCAUAUUCACUUGCUCACGGCGGAGCGCAGUUUUUGCAGCUUUUUUUUUCGUUUUCUUUUUCGUUAGGGUUUCGCGAUUUGCAUGGCAGGGGCGUUGCACAUCCACCUCGGGAGGCUGGUUCUCUCGUCGUUGCCUGAUGCUUGUCAUCUGAGUAAUCGCAGUGAGGCGUUGGUUCAACAAGCUGCGUCUGAGAGGGGAGAGAGAGUUUGGUGGUGUGCGAGGGGUGCGAGUGCCGCGGCGGCGGAGUGUCGGUCAAUUCGGGGCGUGUGUCAGGAGCGCUUGAUCGGGGUUUAGGGGGUUUUUCGGGGGGCUGGUUGCGCUGUUGCGUAGCGCGUAAGCAUGUGAUAAGUCGGUUCAUCUGUAAGCUGCAGGCAUGCGUAUCCUGCCUGUUUUUAAAUUGGACCAAAUUCUUCGAUCCUCUCGCUCACGCGAUCGGGGGCGAUCAGGUUUCGACGAUGUUGCUGGUGCAUUCUUGAGGUCGUUCUGGUCGGUGAACUAUCGUAAAAAGUUACCUGAUUCAAAUGGGCGAGCUUAUUCUUUAGUUUCAGAUGCUUAUGCUGGCUGUGCGCAAGCACAAGCAUGGGUGACCUUCUCGGUGUCGAGGCGGAAAAUUUUCGGAACAGUUGCAGGGACAAAUCCUUCACAAGUCAUGCGUCAAGAGGGUUCUUGGUCUAUGUUUCAGGCUUGGAAAUUGUGGCGUUCGAACAUUCUGUACCGAGGGUCUCGAGAGUCCUCGUAUCGAGAAUGCCACCCUAGUAUCUAUUGGAGACCAGCGAUUUUUGUCAGUUUGGCUGACAGAAAAGGUCAGGUAUUUUUACAAUCUUUAGCCUUGUUUGUGGCGGGGGCUUGGUACCAGCAGUACAAGGCACCCUCCGCGGCUGAGCAGCUUCAUGGUAAUUGGGAGUUGACCAGUCAGACUCACGAUUCAAGCAUUGUUUCAGUGAUCAAAGAGACAGUCGAAGCAGUAUUGCUGUGGUGCAGGGUAGUAUUUUUGGUUGCACUCUUCACUCCGGCUCUUCUUGUUGGGGCCUUUGUCUCCGAUGCCGACGGUCCACUACGAAGAUUUUGGUUGCAUAUUUUGUUGCGGUCUCUGGAGGCUGCAGGCCCUGCAUUUAUAAAGUGGGGACAGUGGGCUUCGACACGGCCUGACAUUUUUCCGGCUGACAUUUGCGAUGAGCUGUCUAGGCUUCAUAUGCAGGCUCCUAAACACACCUUUGCUGAAACUAAGAAAAUUUUGCUGAAAGCUUUCAGAGUUCCGAUUGAAGCAUUGUUUGAAGAAUUCGAAGAGGAGCCUGUAGCAUCCGGCAGCAUUGCUCAGAUCUACCGAGCCAUAUUAAGGAAACCUCUAGGCAAUGGUCCUCCGUUAGUUGUUGCUGUGAAGGUCCGGCAUCCAAAGGUGCACGAACUAAUGCAGAAAGAUUUUGUUAUCAUCAGACAUUUAGCCGCUUUAUCUACAGUACUACCAGGUCUUAAGCAUUUGCAAUUGGAUAAGACUGUGCAGCACUUUGCUGCUUUCAUGACCAAACAGGUUGAUUUAACCUUGGAAGCUGCUCACCUUCAGAGAUUUAUUUAUAAUUUUAGAAAGUCGAAGGAUGUUUCUUUUCCGACACCUAUAUAUCCUUUGGUUCAUCCCACAGUUUUGGUAGAGACUUAUGAAGAAGGGCUUUCAGUAGCAAAGUAUGUGAACUCAGGCCCUCUAACCAAGAUACACUCACGGCUUGCAUACAUUGGCAGCAGUUGUCUCUUGAAAAUGAUGCUACAAGACAAUUUCAUUCAUGGAGAUCUGCAUCCAGGAAAUAUAUUUGUGCGUUUUGUUAAUAAUAUUCCCAAGGUUGUUCUACUGGAUGUGGGCAUGACAGCAGAAUUGAAUGCUCACAGUCGUGCGGUGAUGCUAGGUCUUUUCAAGGCUAUUGCGGCUAAAAACGGACGUGAUGUUGCCCAUUAUACAUUGCAAUUUUCGGAGGACCAAACUUGUCCUGAUCCAGAAGCCUUCAAGAAAGCUGUAGACGAUAAAUUUAAUGAAUACUUAUCCAUUCGGGGAACAGCAAAGAACACGGGCGAAUGCAUGACUGAAUUAUUUGACCAAGUUCGCCAACAUCGUGUGAACAUGGAUGGCGAUGUAUGCACUGUUAUGGUUACCACUCUGAUUCUGGAGGGUUGGCAGAGGAAACUAGAUCCGGAUCUUGAUUUAUUUAAGAUGAUGGGGGAGUUGUUGUCGGAAGCUGAGGAUGCAGUUCCUUUUUACUAUACCAUUAGUGCUAUUGCAGCUCCAUGAUCGGCCAUAUUUUGGUGACACGGCUCUAAUCUAUCUUUCUUCUACCCGUAAUGAUGUGUCAUAUGAUUUGAUAUGAAUUCUGGGCCAACGUGGUCCCCUGAUUUGAA